GAAUAGAUUUGUUUUGAUGUUUGCUGGGGGUGGUGACGGUCUUGCAGUGCCAGUAUCCCAACGGCUUGCCGCAAUGACUCGUUUGACGAGACACGUGAUAGGUGAAUCUUGCCGCAUAACUUCCGCAAGAGCUGUUCUUUCACGCUUUGGCCGCGUUUGGUGCACCACUGCCGACGUUACUCCUGAAGCUUCUGAUACAGAAAAGGCCAAGGGACCUGAUGUGUUUGUGAGCCAUUCUUGGGAAGACGACCGCUGCCGAAAGCAUUUGGCCAUGUGCUUCUUUCUAAAUUACAACCUUUCACUGAAGGCUUUUGCUGCUGCCGUGGUUCUGUCACAGACCGCUCUUUUAUUUCUGGGUCCACUGAGUCUCUCGCUGAAUGUCCUGUUCCUGAUCGUGUUGGACGCGCCGACGCUUGUCUUCUUGAUCACUUUCUUUGCCGGGCAGCAGUUGACCUGCGGCUGGUGGAGUCCUAGCAUGUGGCUGGACAGGCUGUGCAUCGAUCAGGUAGACCUUGACCAAAAGACGCGCGGCAUUCUGGAGCUGCCUGCCGUAGUGGCAAACUCUGAGCAGCUGCUCGUGUUGCUGGGUGAGACGUACUUUGAGAGGCUGUGGUGCUCAUUUGAGCUCUCCAUUUUUGUGAAGCUGCGCGGGCUUCAAAAGCUUUGCCUGGUUCCCUUAUGGAUGGCACCCUGGUUACUCGCCUGCUUCCUCGCCUCUUACGCCACGAACCGGCUCACUGCCGUUUACCUGGUUCUGAUGAACGAACCUCAGCUCGGCAUGGUUGCCUUGAGCUACGAUGGUGCAGCCGCAGCUAGCCCACUUUCCUAUGGUCAAAGCCGCAUGCUCCUGUACCUGGCCAGUGCGCCCUCGAUUGCUUUGUUUACGGCCAUGCCAUUCAUUUUGACAAGCGUUCAGACUUUCCCUAAGAAGCUGAUGGAUCACGAAGCAAUGCUGAGAGCUUUGGAGUGCUACAAUAUACGUUUGGCGAAGUGCUCACUUGAGCAGGACCGCACUAGGAUUGAGGAGCAUGUUGCCGAGCUGUUCGACGGACUCGAGGAGCCUGUCUUGGCAGUGGCCAUUGAUUCAGCUGAAGGGCCAACGGAUGCGGAAGGGACAGAUUUGGGGGACAUGGUGUUCUUGCCUGCUUCUGUAAGAUGUGCCCUACGACGCGUCACCAGCUAUCUUGACCACGACGAAUGCCUUGACAAAUUUAAUCACUAUGUGCAGCAACGCCUCCGGGACAUGCUGGUUGAAGAUCUUGGAAUUGAAACGCAGUUGUUAUGGAGCCAUUGCCUACUUUUUGCCAUGCCCGUUGUUCUAGCAGGCAGUGCACAGACAUGGGUUACAUGGCCGCUGCACCAGAAGAUGGGGUAUCCCUCCGUUGAGCAAUAUUCUGCAGCCACAGUGAUGGCUUUUUUGGCAACUCCACUCAGCUAUGCAUGUAUGCCCCCUUGCAUCCUUCGCUUCACAGCCUGUACGGUAGCAAAGACAGGCCCAGGAUUGCUGCGGAACGUCCUGCUGUUGGUGGGUGGAUACUUGGCAGCAUGCAUCUCUGCCGUCUUCUACACGCUCGUGGUUGGAGCAGCAGACAGCUUCGUGAUCACAUGCCAGCCAGUCUUUUGCGCGAUCUUAGUCUUGGUGCUUAUGCUGCAGCUGCUUCUGAAUUGCCAUCUCUUCGGUGCGACACCGUGGUCAGAUGCCGAGCUGAGGAAACUUUGCGCAGCUCUUUGGCGGGACUUUGCGGACCCGCUGGAGAAGGGAGAUGGCGCGGAGGCUGAAACUGCAAGACGCUGCCUUAGCCUCUUCCGGACCGAGAGCCGUGGAGCCGCAGACGUCGCCGAACAGCACGGCGCCGCCCCAGCAGAGUGGGCCUUUGUUCCUGCGGCAGACUUGCUCCUGGUGGUUGGAGAAGGAGCUGUUGGCGUUACCGUGGAUGGUGUCUGUGCCGAUGGAGAAGGUAAGCGUCUGCCCUUCGCCAUGGCAAUCUUUCAGACGAUGAUGUGCUUCCUCCUCGGUCGCUGGGCGGUCUCCAAGAGCUUUGACUACCGGAAAGGAGGUGGUCGCGGUAUCCUUGAGGGCUAUGCCACCAUUACGGAUGUCCUGAUGUACGAGGAGCGGGGUGACAUGCAGCUGGAGGGCUUCCCGCGGCCGGUUGAGGCUUACCGAUUCUACUGCUUCAACACCGGCUGUUGGCCAGUGGAGGUCUACUUCGUAGAUGAUCCUACCAAGAAGCACCUCCCGCCAUUGCUGCCAGAGCUCAGUGUCCACACCUCCUUUUUCGUGCCCCUAGCCUUUGAGGGAGCAGGAUCGCCAGAGAGCUUGGCCACGUUUCGGCACCUCUGCGUCGAUGACCUUUACAGUGGGCAGCUGCGCGUGGGCUCUGCAGAUAGCUUUGAAUGGAACUGGUCCGUGGAGGGUCCAAACAAGGAUGGCGACAUCAAAGCCAGUUACCAGCGUGUCACCUCUUGA